CGUACUCAUUCCGUUACGACCAAAAGAUACCUAUGCUGAAAUUUGUUGCAGAAGAAUCAGUCUCUCUCUCUCUCUCUGGAAAAAUCACCGAUCAUCGAAAUCGGAGAAGCAAAAUUGGCGGUAACGAACAGCUUCCACUGCGCAAUUCCGUGUCCAAUUCUUCUUCCAUCUCCGUUUAAGCAUCUACAUUCCAAACAUGGCAGCGGAGAGGCACGCCUCUUCGCGCGCAACAUCAUCUCAAGACAACGCGAUGUUUCUUGAUAUACUGCAUGAGGCCCCGUUAUUUGGUCAUCGGAAGCCUGCAAGAACAAUUGGGAGCAUAAUUUAUUGUCUUGUUUUGGUUGGCUAUGCUGCUUUGGCUAUUGGAGCACCAUGGAUUUUUCAUCCUAUAAAGCACUUGGUUGAACCGUUGCUCUGCAGUUGUGAUGUUGUUCUGUUGAUGCUCACAGGUAUCUUUCAGCAGUAUCUAGUAUACCAAGUUCAUAAAAUUCGUUUGCAGGGUUAUUAUAGCUUUAGCCAGAAGUUAAAGCAUAUUGUUCGUCUACCUUUCGCAGUUACUGCAUAUGGAACUGCUGCCCUUUUACUCGUCAUCGUAUGGGAACCUCAAAUCAGUGCACUUUCGAUUCCCCUAAUUCUGAGGAUGAUUAUGUUAAUUGAAGCAGUAUGUGCUGGAUCGUUUAUGAUUAUAUAUAUCAGUUAUGUACAAAAGUACAAUUCAUUAAAUUCUCAGCCUGAUGUUUUGAAGUCAUUGUAUUCCCCACUUCAGCAAUCAACUUCUUUGGAAGAUCUAAGGUAUCAUGAUGUCGGACGACUUUCUGAUCAGCAAAUGGCUCUGUUGCAAUAUCAGCGAGAGAACCUUCAUUUUCUAAAUGAGGAGAUUCUUCGGUUGCAAGAGUGCUUAAGUAAAUAUGAACGGUCUAGCGAUGGAAGCACCCCUCAGGUUGACCUUGCCCAUAUGCUAGCUGCUCGUGACCAGGAAUUGAGGACACUUUCAGCUGAGAUGAAUCAGGUAACAUCAGAACUUAGGCUUGCUCGAUCUGUGAUAGCUGAGAGGGAUACCGAGAUUCAGAAAUUACUCAUCACCAACAAGCAGUAUGUAGAAGAAAAUGAAAGACUGAGAGCUAUUCUAGGAGAAUGGAGUACACGAGCUGCUAAGCUCGAGAGAGCGCUUGAAGGCGAGCGUUUAUCAAAUAAUGAAUUGCAAAGGAGGAUUUCAACACUAAAAAAGCAUCAGAGCAGCAGGGGAGUUGAUGCCUAACCGCCUUCCAUAGGGUAAAUUUAUUCUCCAUUGAAUAUUGAUUGAGCAGCAGACAGAUUAGACCGAGUUUUCUCCUGCAUUAUGGUCUCCAACAUUUGACCAAAUGCAGGAAGCAGCUGUAAAGGAACGAAGGUUCGUUUUUUCUUUCUUUCAAUCUUUCAAGAUCCUCUAGAUUUAUUUUAUUUUAUCUUAAAAUUUAUUGUAAAACUAGAUAAAUCAGGAAUGAACUAUUACAAUGUUAUUGGAUAAUCGUGUUGCCUUUUCAUAAGUGAGGUGAUGAAAUAGAAUAUGUGCUGAUUUUA